GCACAAAUCGCGAUGAGCGCUUUCGAAUUAAUAAUCAUGUUCGACCGAAGCUUUUGGGUCGGCGGAUCUUGUGCUUGAGGCGAAAGAGGCUUACGGGUAUAUAUCAGAAAGCCGAACAGAGUAUCGGCUAACGAAAUUGGUCGUCGAGUCCUGAGCUUCGGCGAAACACGCGCGGACAAGAUUGCCUGGCUACAGCAUCAUGGCGCCACCGCAAAUUACCCUCUAUACCAACCAUAGAUGUCCCUAUGCGCACCGCGCGCAUAUCACUCUCGAGGAGCUUGGUCUUCCUUUCGAAGAGGUUGUUAUUGACCUUGACAAGCCACGGGAGCCGUGGUAUCUGAAGAUCAAUCCUCGCGGUCUCGUCCCUUCGAUCAAGUACUCCGACGAUCAGAUCAGCAAUGCGGUCAUUACCGAGUCUGCCAUCGUCACACAAUUUCUUGCCGAUAUUCACCCCAGCCAUCUGCUACCAGCAUCCAAUAGUUCUUCAUAUGCAGCGCUCGCACGAGCUCGCGUGAACUUCUUCAUUGACACAUGGAGCACUAAGAUCGGAAGCUUCAUGUUCUCUAUCUUUCGCGCUACUACUGAAGAGGAGAGGCAGGCUAAGGCUCAGGAAUGGGUCGCUGCAGUCAAAAAGGAAAUUGAGCCUCUGCUCGCCGAUGCCGACCCUUUCUUCGGGGGGAGUAAGAAGCUGACACUCGUUGAAGCUAACGUAGCACCCUUCCUUCUUCGUAUAUUUGCUCUGUCUGGCGCUGGUGUACUGCCCACCUCCGUCAAGACUGGCCUCGAUCAGCUUCCCAACUUCUCCAAGUGGGCCAAGGCAACUAUUGAGCAACCAAGCGUCCUCAAAAUCUGGGAUGAGGAGAAGGUUAUUGCCGGAACCAAAGCUCGUAUCGAAAAAAUGAAGGCAGCCACUAGCAACGGGGCCAAGUAAAGCUUUUUGUCUUUAUGCCAAUCUCCUUAAAGUUUGACGUCCCAAGGAUUUAACGAUUAAUGCUCUUGCUAUGUUUUAUUACUGCGAGUGGUACAGUCAAUUUUUUGUUCUAUGUGCGCUAAUCUUGAAUUUACAGUCAAUAGUAUGGUCUUAUCUUGAUGUCGAGUAAGCCCGCCAUGCUCUCCAGCCAAAGGCAUUAACAAUUAACGAAAUCAAUUCCGAUCAUUGCAGUUUGUUGUACAUUAAUCCCAGUUCCAAUUGUUCUUUGCUUACAUGAAUGUUGCUCCUGUAUAUCGUGUACGCUACCAAACUGAGUUGACAUGUUAUGGAAUCUGAUGGGGCACAGAGUUCCUUCGCUGACGCUUCUCUCGGUGUUUGUCUUCAACGACCGUACAGAUAGUUGCUCCACGUGCUCGGAAUUGCAAGAGCACCAGAGCAGCUCUUGAAUCUGGUACUCCAUGUUCGAUCCGUUCCCUAUUAAUCGACAACCCUGGCUUGUGAGGUGAUUGUUUCUCAUCGGAAACGUGCUCGAGCUCAUCGUGUAA